AUGAUGAAAUCCAGGAGACCUAAAACCAACUGCCAGAGAACGUUCACCGCUUGCUGGACAUGUCGUCGAAGAAAUGUCCGAUGCGACAACGCGGUGCCACAUUGCGCACAGUGUCAACGGAUGCGCAUCCCUUGUGAAGGCUAUCACAUUCGUCUUGUCUGGGUCAAUACCACAACUGGGGCUUAUGUUCCUCAGCAACGACGAGCUUAUCCAUGUGAAUUGACGUGGAAGGGAUAUCCAAACUGGACAUUGAAAGAAGUUGGGCAUCUGAUUGAUCAUUGUGAGCUCAGACAAUGUCGCUGCACGCUACAUCAAGCUCUCAACCCGUUUUCUACCUUUCCGCAAAGCGACGACGUGACCGAAGUUGAUGCUGAUGAUGAGAUGAGAAUAUCGGAGCUUGCUUCAGAGAAACACUCGGACAACGAGCAGGCUCUUGACGUCUGUAGUCCCACAGCCUGUGAAACCGACAUACGCGAUCAGAGUACUGUCAUGAGCAUUGUCCGGAGCGAUGCUUCCCAUCUUUUUGGCAAUACUGCUCUGUCCCAUGGGGAAAAUAGGACACCCAUUAACAACAAAGACAUGGACUUCCCUCCUCGCCAGAAUAGAGUGAAUUUUUCAAUGUCUAUUAUUCAAUCUCCAUCUCAGUCUCUCACACCGAGUGGACUUCAAGAAGAGAAUUUUCUAUUUUUCCACUACGUUUCUUAUGUUUCGGUACAAAUGACGCCGAUUGACGACGAGCGCAACCCGUGGAGGUCAACAUACCCUUCUAUUGCGGUGCAGGGUGCAAAAACAAGCAGCACCGACGCUUUAUAUCACGCAAUUCUAGCGCAAUCCGCAUACAAUAUAGCAAACCUAAAGGGGCCUGGACGAGGCAAUGGCGAGAAAGCAAGUGCCAUGCGGUACUCUGGAAAAGCCAUUCAGGAACUCAGGCGGAGCCUGGAAUUACCAAAAAAAGAUUAUUGCAGCGUUCUGGCGGCGCUUCUUACUAUCAUGCUAGCCGAGCAUGUGUUUCACCGCAAUUCUCAGGGCUGGCAAAAUCAUAUUCGAGGUGCCAUCGGGUUCGUGAGCCAGUAUCUAACUCAACAACCGUGGAUGUUAUCACAUGAUGCCUGGAUUAUCACCCAGAACUUCGUGCUGUCUACCGUCAUCUCCCAGACGGCCUGUAGCUGCACUACAUCCUCAUUAGAUCACAUCGAUGAAAUGUAUGGCAUGCUUGACGAUGUGAUCGCACGACCUAGUUUCGGCUAUACAAUAGGUGGGACUACACGUCUGAUCAGGAUGAUUUAUCAGACUCGGCGAAUUGAGGUCCAGUUAGCCAUCACUGGAUACAAACGGGGCAUUCAGGAAAUGAACGAGGACGUGCUCGUGCAGGUUGAGGAUAUUAUCCGUCAGCUUGAGACGCCUUUUGAUGACGAAGUGGAAAUGUACAUGGAACAACAUGAGCCCAACGACCUCAAGGUCUUGCCCCGGACUCGGCAGCUGGUUAAGCUUCAUUUGCAUCUCUUCAAUGGCGCUGCUAUGAUCUAUCUACUCUGCAUGGUUCUGCAAUACCCCCCCUCUACUGUUGCUAGUUACGUUUCAGAGGUUCUCAUCAAUACCAUGGCCUUUGUCGACAUGGACAGUAAUAAUGUAUCUGUGUGGCCGGUCUUUAUCGCAAUGGUGGAGGCAUACACGUCUGAGUCACUGGAGUUAUCAAAUCGAUACCUAGCGUCCAGCGAUGUAGUUGCUGGGAAUCGGAAAGAUAUCGGGCGUGUAGUCCGUCAAGUUUGGGCGGAUCGUGAGGAAUUAGCGACAAGACGACAGUGCGAUCUGGGUGAGGUAUCCGUCAAUUGGCGGGAUGUUAUGAAAAGACUAGACCUAGAUAUCCUGCUCUUAUAA